AUGCCCGGCCCCCGGCCCCCGGGCCAGCGCUGGGUGUGGAUGAACUUCGAGUCGCCCUCCCACUCUCCGGGGCUGCGGGCCCUGGCAGGGAACCUCUUCAACUGGACGCUGUCGUACCGGGCGGACUCCGACGUCUUCGUGCCUUACGGUUACCUUUACCCCAGGAAACACCCCGGCGACCAGCCCAUGGGCCUGGUCCCGCCGCUGGCCCGGAAGAGGGGCCUGGUGGCCUGGGUGGUGAGCCACUGGGAUGAGCGCCACGCCAGGGUCCGCUACUACCACCAGCUGAGCCAGCACCUGCCCGUUGACGUGUUCGGCCGGAGCGGGCCUGGGCGUCCGGUGCCUAACAGCGGGCUCCUGCACACAGUGGCCCGCUACAAAUUCUACCUGGCUUUCGAGAACUCGCAGCACCUGGAUUAUAUUACCGAAAAGCUCUGGCGCAACGCGUUGCUGGCUGGGGCGGUGCCGGUGGUUCUAGGCCCAGAUCGUGCCAACUAUGAGCGUUUUGUGCCCCGUGACUCCUUCAUCCACGUGGACGACUUCCCCAGUGCCUCCUCCCUGGCCGCCUACCUGCUUUUCCUAGAUCGAAACCUAGCUGUCUACCGCCGCUACUUCCACUGGCGCCGGAGGUACGCGGUGCACAUCACCUCGUUCUGGGACGAGCCUUGGUGUCGGGCCUGCCAGGCAGUGCAGACUGCUGGGGAUCGGUCCAAGAGCAUUCGCAACUUGGCCAACUGGUUUGAGCGGUGA